GAUUGGAUAGGAGUGGGGCCGUUUCCCUAGCGGACUGGCGUGCCGUUGUGUGCUCUUACAAGAAAAUGCAUUACGAGCCACUCACUGGUUGAUGCGUCAGUUCUAGAGAUGCGGUGCGGUGUGUUGCACCGCAUCAUCAACGCACGCACGAGGAGCACAAAGAAACACACGCGGACGGUGGAUAUCAGCAUCUCCUAUAACAAAUUCUCAGCCAUUUUCGGAAAGAAAUUUCUGAAUGAUGAUCUCCGUUAUUUGAGAUUUUUUACGCCUUGAAAAAAGGACUUAAUAUCAGUGAAAGAAAGGGCCAGAGAACAUCGUAUAAGGAAGGAACAGUGCAUGGAGAUUCGUAUGAUCAACUGACAGCUGUUACGUAGGUCUCAGUUGAAAAGAACAACUUGGAGCCGGUCGACGUCGUGUGUAAGGCAGCAUGGGUCUGGGCGACAAAACGGGGGAUGACUCGGGUCAGAAGUAUCAACUGUCCACAGCAGCGUUGGUUGGAGUCUGUUUAGCUGUCAUUACCUCCGUCCUGCUCCUUGUCUUAAGCGUUUACCACUGCUACCGACGGAGAUACAAGGCAUCCUUCUUCCAUGGCGGUACAGUGGAGAAAGGUAACCGUACCUUCUACGCUCGGCCUACCAGCAAGCCGAUCAGUAGUCCGGAGUUAUCCUCCCCAGAGUCCUUACAUGGGAAGGUCAUGCCUACCCUGGGUCCAUCCAAGAGCUUCCCGCCUGGCACCCUGUCCCCGGUCUCGCCGCUGUCGCAUGAAAAGAAAGCCCUAAUGAAGACGUACAGCACGACCGGUGGUGGCAGCGGUGGGAUGGACCCGGGAACCUUCAAUAAGGAUUGCUACUCAGAAGGUGGAGAGCUGAAGAGCGAAUCAGGCUGGCAGGGGGACAACAAGCUGCAGAGCUCCACGGAAGACCUGACCCAACUUGGACAGAUCACCUUCACAGUGGAGUACCGCACAGAUAAGGGUGUGUUCACCGUGACCAUCCACCAGGCGCAGGGGCUACCAGUCAAGGAUCCACAAAGCGGCACCUCGGAUCCUUACAUCAAGCUCUGUCUCCUCCCAGAGAAGAAGCACAAAGUCAAAACGAGGGUGAUGAGGAAGACUUUGGAGCCAGUCUACGAGGAGACCUUCACCUUCUACGGCUUGGCUUAUAACCAGCUGCAAGGCGUGACGCUGCACUUUGUCAUCAUGAGCUUCGACCGGUUCUCCAGGGAUGACGUCAUCGGCGAAGUAGUCGUGCCAUUGGCUAACAUUGACCUGAGCGAGAAGCCAGUGACCUUAACGCGGGAGGUCAAACCGAGACAUCCAAAGAUCUCCAAGUCCCAGGGUCGAGGUGAACUCCUGACGUCUCUGUGUUACCAGCCUGCGGCCAACAAGCUGACUGUGGUUGUACUGAAGGCAAAAAAUCUGCCCAAGAUGGACGUCACCGGACUCUCAGAUCCGUACGUGAAGAUUUACCUGAUGUAUAACAACAGCCGUUUGGCCAAGAAGAAGACACGUCUGAAGAAACGAACGCUCAAUCCAGUCUUCAAUGAGUCUUUCCUCUUCGAUGUACCGUUAGAGGGCCUUGAGAACGUCAGCCUGGAGUUUCAGGUUCUGGACCACGACCGAGUCAUGAAGAAUGAGAUCAUUGGGCGCCUCGUUAUCGGUAGCAAGGCAGGUGAAAGCGAGGCUCAGCACUGGACUGACAUCAUUCGCAAUCCUAGAAAGCAAAUGGCCGAGUGGCACAAACUGACAGACUAGUAUUUAUUCGAAGGGCAAAGGUCAUAGGAGACAUCAGUCAUAACAAAAAAGUCACAGUUGGAAAUAAUUUAUGUAUAUUUUUGUGUUAAUAUAUUGCAUGUAUAAUGAGUUUAAAUUAAACAUUAAAUAAUAUCGGUAAUUAAUCAUUACGUCCAAAGUGAAUGUGAAUCCAUGUCAUAGAUAUCAAAGCAAAUGCAUUUUAAAUGUAGUACAGAAUAUACCGAAAAGGCCAAAUAUUAUGUUUACAGUCAUUUAAUUACGUCCAUGGAAAUUGUAAACGAAAAUGUGGAGACGCAUACCGUUGGAUUUGAGUGAAAUGAAAAUAUAUUUGAAUGCUCUGUAUAAAAAUUUAACCAAAGGUUUAUUUUUGUAUCGCUUAACAGACAUACUUUGAUGAAUACUGAUCUCUCCCUCGACUGACGUAGGAAAACAAUGAUCUUCCAUUCCGAAAAUCCAACGUGUAGUAGACGCAUGUUCCAUGCAGCUAUUUGUAUGUAUAUAAUGUAUUAUAGUCCGUCUAACGUACGUGGUACAUUUCCAUAGAGCCAUCCCCUCUUGCAAUUGGAAACAUAUUCUUGAAUUUUAUUUAUUUUUUUCCUACGUUUUGGCGCAGUAUUUUAUGUGUAUUUAAACAGAACAUUUUGGACGGUUUUAUUGACAAGCUGACAGCAGAUCGACAGCAAGCUCUGUGGAAUGUGCCAUGGACGACUAUGUAUAGAUAACCGAUGUCAUGAUAUGUGAUAGUGUUGUAGUGGCAUAUAAAUAGAAAUAUCUCAAGCUGUGGUAGACUGCAGAAGUACAUGUAUAACUGUACUUUUGUUUGGGAAUCACAUAGGGCCAAGUUCACGAUAUUAAGGGGUCAUGAAAUUGAUGUCAUAAGAAAAUAGACAAUAAUUGGAACAUUAAUUUGAUAAAUUUAAAGAAUGGGAGGGGGGACAAUAUUCUUGAAACCGAAUUUGAAAGAAGAGAAUAUAAUUGUUAGACCAGUCAGAAAAUAACAACUGUUCACUGUAUUUACGCAGAAUUUAUAAUGUUACUUAAAAGCACACCGCACUAAUUGUAGGGUUAGCAAUGCUGUGAGAUUCCGAACUAUAUGAAGCUAUGUACGAGAGAGACUUCAGUACAACUUGAGUAGUCUGCGCUAGUCUUCUUCAACCCCCCCCUUAAAAAAGUCAUGUUGCACCAUAAUUGCUAAUUCUGCCUUUGUGUCUGUAUACCAGUGUAACACCUUAAAUAGCCACAUAUGUGUCAAAUCACUCAUGGAAAUAAAAUACGAGCAUGUUGUUUCAGUUGCAACUGUCAACCCAAAGUUGCAACUGUCAACACAAUGAA